AUAUCUGUAACGUGCAACGAAAAGAACUUACUUAGUUUGUUAUUUAAAUUAAAAACCAAAGUGAUUAUUUUUUUUAAUCUACAAUAGCAAGUUUGAUUUUUUACCUUAUUUUAUAUUGUAAAUAAUCAACACAACAUCGCAGAAUUUACUCUUCUCUCGUACUUGAAUAAGAACAAACUGUUAUCAAUUUAUGAACUGUAGAGGGACGAGAGAUGAUGAAAAAGUGACUAUUUAAUUGUUAUCAAAAUGGGAACAACGUCGGAAGGGCGACAAGGCGUAUGCCUGUUUUUUUUGUUGAUUUUUAUUGUUAAACUUGUUGAUUGCCAAGAUGAUUAUGGGUGCCCAUCGCAAGAGAAAAUUUUACCAUGCAGAUGUUCUAUGAGGGAUAUGGAAUAUCAAAUAUGGUGUAGCCACAGUGAAUUACCAAAAGUACUUGAAGGCUUAAAAGCAGUAAGUCAUUAUAUAAGUCAUCCAGUGGACGAGUUGAUCCUCGAAAAUAACAAUUUACCAAGUUUACCUGGAAAAGUAUUCACAAAUUUACGGGUGUUGCGCCUAAUGUUACGGAACAAUCACUUGGAGCGAGUGUCUUCAGGGUGGUUAGACGGUUUGCACGAUUCUUUGCUAGAAUUAUUUAUCGUCGAGCCGGAAUUGCGGUCAUUACCCAUUGACAGUUUAGACAAUCUCAUGGGUCUUGAAGCAAUUACCCUGCAAAGUAGAUCAAUGAAACGUUUACCUAGAUUAUCAAGUUUAACAAAACUUCGUUAUCUUCAAGUAAAUUCACUAACUUUACUCGAGUUGUCGCCGAUGAAUUUCCGCGAUUUACCAAAUUUAGAACAACUACAUAUAUUUGGUAGCCCGAAAUUGAUGCGCUUGGAAGCUGGGCUGUUUAAAAACUUGCCAAAAUUGGCGCUGAUAAAUAUAACCAGCUGUGGAAUUGUUUGGAUUCAUCCACGUGCAUUUAUUGAUCUUCCAGAAUUAAGGGAAAUAUCAUUCGAAGACAACAAGAUUCCCGAUGCUGCAAUAGUCGGUCGCGCUAUGAUAGACCUACCAGUUUUAUCAGUGAUUCGUCUAAACAGCAAUAAAAUUACGCGGUUACAAGAGGAAGCGUUUAUAAAUUUACCAUCAUUGAGCAGACUCUAUCUCACCGGAAAUUUCAUAACUGAAAUAUUUCCCGGAGCUUUUCAGAUGCUACCAGUUUUACGUGUGUUGGAUUUAAACUACAAUCUGAUUAGCAGAGUACAUCCAGAUUUUUUCAUCCAACGUACUGGUAGCACUUUAGAGGAGCUAUGGGUAAUGGGUAAUCGUUUGAAUCAUGUAAACGAACUUCGUGCUAUCCUAGAAGCAUUGCCACGAUUGAAGUUUCUAGAUGCAUCUUACAAUCAAUUUGAAGAGAUUCCAUUCGGUACUCUGAGAGGCCAUCCAACUCUCGAGCGUCUUCACCUUGAUCACAAUAGACUCACUUUCUUGCAGCGAGAAACUUUUUCAGCAAUGCCAGCACUAAGAGAAUUGAGGCUUAGAAAUAAUUCACUGACUAAUCUUCUAGAAGCUCCCUUUUGGAAUUUACCUGGAUUAAAAGGACUUGAUUUAUCUGAAAACUACUUUAGACACGUCGAACCAGCACUUUUCGAAAAUUUGCCGAAUUUACGUAGACUCGAUCUGAGUGGCAACGGAAUAGGAAUGAUAGAACCAGAGUCUUUUUUGAAUGUACCAGCUCUGGAGUAUUUAAACUUAUCCCACAAUGCUAUCUCUAUAAUCCAUCCUAUGACAAUGAGACACUUGUCAAGUUUAUACGAACUGGACAUCGGUUGGAAUCGACUUAUCGAAGUGGUACCAAGUCUGCCGAAGAACAUAGAGCAUCUUCAUCUGCCGAUGAACCGCAUCGUUAUGUUGCCAGCAUUAAAAAAUCAAGACUUGGUACUUCCGGCAUUAAGAUCGCUAGAUUUGAAUGCCAAUGGUAUUGAAAGAAUUUUACCCGGGUCCUUGAGCGAGCUGCCUAAUUUGAAGAAAUUGAAGCUAGGUUACAAUGCGAUAAGAGUGAUUGAAGACGGGACCUUUGAUCGACUUGCCAGGCUCGAGCAGUUGGAUCUCAGACACAACCGCAUUAUGUCUCUUCAUGGUAGAAGUUUGAAACCCCUUAGAAUGCUGAUGGACUUAAAUUUGGGGGGCAAUAGAUUGGAACUUAUACGACCUGAUAUCUUUGGUGACAACGUUGAGCUUCAGCUGAUUGAUUUGGCGAGAAAUAAUUUAGCUCAAAUUCCUCACACGAUAUUUUCUUCGACACGAAAUCUAAAAGAACUACACAUGUCCUAUAAUACAUUAACGGAGUUACCUGGGUCAUUACACGGACUCACGUCACUUGAAUUUCUCGAUUUGAGUUUCAAUAAAUUGACCGCAUUAUCUUCUGACACGCUGAGCAGUCUAACGUCACUUCUCGAGCUAAAACUCGUGAGAAAUAAAAUAAAAGAAUUACGUGAGGGAGCUUUCAAUCGGUUGCCACGAUUAAGUUUUAUCGAUCUUGAGAAUAAUGAUUUAAGAGUUAUCGAAAGGAAUGCUAUUAAGAAUCUUCCCGAGCUUCAAGCUAUUCGCCUCGGAAAAAAUCGCAUUCAGAUGAUUCCAACAGGAGCGUUUACCGAUCUUCCGUUGCUGCAGAGCGCUGAAAUGCAAGAAAAUCGAAUUCAAGAGAUUGCAAUCAAUGCAUUCAUAAAUGUUCCAAAUCUAUUGUUUUUAAAUUUGAGCUACAAUCUCUUACCGAGCUUGGAACAUGCAGGGAUAUCUAAUUUACGAUCACUUGAAGUACUCGAUCUUAGUCAUAAUCGUUUAACUCGUGUGUCGAGUGAAAAUCUUGCUACUUUAGAGUGGUUAGUUGAAUUAAAAAUGGAUAACAACCGUAUUUGUGGAAUCCAAGGCUCACCAUUUGACAAUAUGCCGAGAUUAAGAGUACUGAGUAUGAGAAGUAACCGAAUGUCAUCAAUAUCCGAGAAUGUAUUUAAAAGACUUCGAUCCAACAUAGCAGUUUUGGAUAUAGACGGAAAUCCACUGUCUUGUUCUUGUGGUAUGAUUUGGCUAAGAGGAUGGCUACAGCAAUCGUCGUCAGAAGGUCCACGUUGUGCAGAUGGUUCACUCUUCAGAGAAGUGAGACUCUCUAGACAGGACUGUCUAAAAAAAAAACAAGUAGAGCCAAUUCAUCCCGGAUGCGAAACUGAAUUUAUUGACCAAUCUUUACUACCUUCUUAUUAUGGAGAAGGAAAACCUCCACCAGCCUGGAUGAAUGCCCAUAGUCCAUCAAAAUUAACUCAGAAUCCAGACUAUUACUACGAUGACUAUCCAGACAAUGAAAAAAAUAUUACUCAAAGUUUAGCAAAUAAAUUAAGUAAUGACAAUCAUCCAACAUUAUCAAAUAUAAAAACAGGCCCAAUUAAAAUAAUGCAAACGACAACAUCAAUGUCGAAACCAACGAACGGAAAUUUAACCAAGAAAAAAAAUCCACUACCUCCAUCGCCGAGCAGCUCAGGUUUUACAUUUUUCGGAGUACCUUUACCGAAUUUGAACUUCAAUCUCUGGAGCUCGGGAAAGAAAUCCCAGCGAAAAGAAGACGGAAGACCUCGAAGUAGAUACCGCACAUAUCCAACUAUUGAACCGGAAAUGCACAAAGGAUUUAAUCCUUUGCCAGAGCCUCAAAGAGGUUUCCGACCCAUUGUCAAUCCACUGAUUAUGCUUGAAAGAAAGAAAAAUGAUACGAUAAAUCAUUCUGCGACUAUUACUCGAGUUUUUCCUGUUAAAAAAAAUAAUGUUAGUAACAGUGAUAAUAAUAAUAAUAAUAAUAAUAACAACAGCAAUAUAAAUAAUAAUAAUAAUAAUAAUAGUAGUAGUAGUAAAAAAAAUGAUGAAAUUUAUAAUAUUAAAAGCGAUACUUCAGCAUUACCAAGUGCUACAAACUCACGUAGAGUACCAUCUUUCUCUAAAGAACCAUCAAGUUCUCUAAAAAAUGACAAUACAACAGAAAGUACUCCAUUGGUAUUUCACACAACUGGUUCUACACUAGUAAAAACAUCUACAAGUGGUUCGACAUCAGUGAAAACAUCAACAAGAUACAGUAAUAUUGAACUCGAUGAAGAUUCUGAAGAAAGUGUUUUCUUGGAUGGUAAAGUAGCCAGUCGAAUAGUAUGGACAACUCCUGCUUCAAAUAUUAAUCACACUACGGAAGAAAAUUUAACAAAAUUAUUUACUUCGACUGAAAAAGAUGAACAAACUGAAAGUGAUCAGGACAUUUUCUGGAAUUCAGAGGACUUGGCAUCGCUUCCGAAACCACUAAGAACCACUCCUAUGUCUAACAUGAUGUUGAAUGAUUUUAUUUCAACGACGAGUGAAAAUUCAUCCACUGAUACGGUGGAAGUAACGACUUUGAAAACUCGGCUGUUAGCUCAGACUUCUCGUGCACUUGAACCUUCUGCAUUGUCAGCAUUCUUAGUUCCAGGUGGACAAGUUCCUGCGAGCACAGUAUCAGGUCCGGGAUUUGUUGUGAAACCACUGGGAAGAUCUACUAUUGAAAAAGUUCAAGCUCCUUUCGCAUCUAACAUCACUCGUGCUGGAAAAGUAAAGCUAUCUAAUGACACCAGUGAAAGCGGUAAAUUAGUACACGUAGAUCCAGUUAAAAAGUCCACGAAAAAUAGUUUGAAAAUUCUUGAUGAAAAUGAUCCUUUCAAUUGGUAUUAUCAGAAUUAUAACAAUACCAAUUUAGAACCUUACAUGGGUGAAGUUUACACCAGCAGCGCGAUGACAAUAUAUUUACCGUAUUUUAUAAAUUGUUUUACAUUUAUGUUUUUAUUGGUGUGCAAAUAAUGAAUUAAUGUAAUUAGAUAAUGAUUAAUCUAGUGGAUCGACUGUAAUACCAA